AUCUCCCCGCUUUAUGUGGCAAAUGCAGAGGAUGGGCACAUAAGGGGACGGCCCCUGGACUGAAGCGCAGCAGACUCCUGCUGCACCAAAACUCUGUCCCGUGCAGAUAGCGCGGGAUCCCACCCCGCCGCAACCCGGCCCGCUGGUUUCGCCUUCCGCUGCUGCAGGCCCCGCAGCCCCGGGUCCUCCCGCUCGCUGCACCCCCGCUCCCUUUCUUCUCCCCCGGCCUCGGCGGGGCUCGCUGCGGGGCGGAGCCCGGGGGCAGCUCCUGGCGGGCGCGGCGCUCUCCGGGGCGGGGCUCCGGGCCAGCCGGGCUCCACCCAAGGCCAGGCUGCGCGGAGCCCAGCCAGCGGCAGCCACCAGCGGGCAGGGGGGCCCGGAGGCAGCGCACCAGCGGAGCCGCCAUGGGGCUGGAGAAGGAGACGGGAGACACGAAGAUCUUCAUGGCCGAGGACAGCUUCGGGCGCCCCGGCGGCCCCGCGCUAGCCGGCCCGGAGAGCGGCCCCGGCAGAGACCCGCAUGGGCUGAACACCCACCUGAAGCUAGGGUUUGAGGAUGUCCUAGCAGAGCCUGCAUCAUUUCACUCCUUUGACAAAGUUUGGAUAUGCAGCCACGCUCUCUUUGAGCUCAGCAAAUACGCGCUGUACAAGCUCCUGACUCUCUUCCUUGCUAUCCCACUGGCUCUGGUUGCAGGAAUUGUCUUUGCAGUACUCAGCGGUCUGCACAUCUGGAUUGUGAUGCCUUUUGUAAAGACCUGCCUCAUGGUCUUGCCUUCAGUGCAGACUGUAUGGAAGAGUGUGACGGAUGUUCUUAUUGCACCGUUAUUUCACAGCCUAGGCCGAUGUUUUGCUACAGUCAAUAUACGCCUGGACCAAGAGUAAACAUCAAGGAUACAAUUCUGCUGUAGUCUUAGAUGGUGGUAUGCCUCUUUGCUAAUGUAACAUAGGUGCACUUAUUCAUUCAUUCCAAAACUGUUGGGAUUAAAAUAGCUGGUUUAAAAUGGGGACACAUUAUUUAAAAAAAAAAUCAUUUACUUUCAGGGGAUCAAUUUAAGAUAAACUAUUUUCAUAUCUAACUAUUUUAAACAACAGAAAAAUUGUGGGGUAUCUUGGCAACACUUUAUUUUAAUGGUACAUUGAUUGCCAAGUUGCAGAAAAAAUCAUGUGGAGGUAUAUGUGACCACCACAAUAGUAUCAUAGAAAAUUGCUGUGGCCAGUGUUGUUACUCUGAAUACUAGUGAAAUUAGUAGUGAUGUGAUACACUGGGCCAAACUAACUUCUAGGGUUUCAGAGUUGGGUCUGGCCCACUAUUCAGCAUAAUACAUGGAAGGUUGUAUGCUCAGUUCUUGUUGUCAGCAGGAGUCAUGCCUGCAACUCCCUGCAUAAUACAGUACUGAUGUGCAUGGGUAAUAUUCACUGAGCUCCCAUUGCUGCUUUGUAAAUCUCCCAUAUAUCAAUGGAGAAAAGUUCCCCAAAGUUUACCCCUUAAAAUGAAGUGUUAGCUAAUGGUUUGAGAAAAUCAGCUAAUCUAUAUAUAUUAUUUAAUGAGAUUUUAAUUUUGCUGUAUAUUUUGUAUUUAUGUAAAUGUUACUUUAUCAGUUUUCCUUGAAGCAUUAUUUCUAAAGCAUUUGUAUACUUGCGGAAUUAUUAUGCUGAAGAAGUUUGACACUGCAGAAGAUUGAAUGAGAUUGGUGAGAUUUUACUGACUAGAUUACGCAGAUCUUUGGAAAUGCUGCUGUGCAAUUCAAGUAUAUAUUGUUUUCGUAAUUGAAUGUGAAAUCAGUCCACACAAAUGUUUUCAUACAAGAUUAUGCAAAAGAGUUUGAAAUAAAUGUUUGAGCAUUGUUCAUUUUUUUAAUUAAAAACAGGCUGUAAUAAAAGCAACCUUGACUA